AUGGAAAACCAACCUAUCUUAAUCACUUCACAUACUUCAUUUCAUUCAUCUCAUCUACCAACUUAUACAACUCAUCAGAAUCAAAAACGUCAAAGAAGUUCAAGUCCUAUUGAAGAUCAAAGAUACAUCAAACAACGUUCGGAUUCGAAUUUCGUAUCUCAACCUCCUACUCCUACACUUUUGGAUGUAUCAGAUGAGAUUCAAACUCGAUCUUGGACUGGCACACCUUCAAAUACUAGCCCUCGAUUGACUUUUGAACCUUCAUCAAUAUUUAAUCAAACUCAUCAGGAUGUUCAGAUGGAAUGUGAAGAUGAUGCGCAUUCGACUGAUACGUUUAAUAUGAAUGAUUCAAAUCCGAUAGGAUGGUCACCACGAUCAGUUCACACCCUCAGAAGAGUCUCAACCCCAAGUGAAACUCCAAUCCCCACGACCUUUACUUUACCCAUCACUGCCACAACGAUGCCUCAUCCAAGACCCCAACCAUUACAUCGACCUCAUCCAAUGGCAUAUCAACAACACCUUGCACUGCUCUCUCAACCUAAACCGAUCUCUCAAGACCCUUCUCAGAUGUCUAUCAGUCCUCCUCAAAGUCCUUCUAGACUUCAACCGUUUCCAUCAGAUUUGAUUCUUCAACCUGCUGAAAGACCUCAGAGACCUAAGAAUCCUAUUAAUUAUAUCUUAGGUCCUAAGAAAGGUUGUGAAGAUUGUCGUAAGAAAGUUGCGGGUCAUUAUACACAUCUUUAGAAUCGUCAGCUUGGUUUGAUCAUCUAAAUCAAUAUAAUCUAAUCAUAUAAUCCAAUUCUAUGGUUAAUUUUGAUAUAUUUAAUAAUUUCAUUCAAAUCAUCUUUUUAAACUUAUUGAUCUAACUCUUUUUCGUUUACUUUAUCUCUUGUUUUAUUCUUGCUAAAUUUAUUCUAUUUCUUUGCUUUUGCUUUUGUUAUGGGUAUCUGUUUUAUUUUUGGGUAGGUUUUAAAAAAGGUAGGAAAGAUGUGUGUGAAAGACCUUUUGCAUGAAUCAUAUGUGAUGAAAAUGAUGAUCUAUAUACAUCUAAAUAAUUAGGUUUCUCUAUGUUUAGAUCUUGAAUUUGUCUUUUUCGAAUCUUAUCAUCAAAGACUGUAAACUUAUUAGAGUAGACAAUCACCAACCACUUUCAGAAGAAGAAAAAAAAGACAUAUUUCAUCGUUUGUCUCGAAACUCAGUUUUCAUUUAUCGUGGUGUCUUGAUUUUUUUUCCAUACUUAUCUUAUUAGGUUCUUUAAAUGAUGAAGGACUCUUUUCUUAUACUUCUAAUCAAUUUGAUCUUUUGCUUUAAUAAAAAAUGUUCUCUGUUCUAGUUUCUGUUCUUUGAUAAGAAUUUCUGUGAAGGUGUUUUUGGUCUGAAUAUUGUAUGAUGUAAUUCCAUAGGUGACUCUUUCAGUGAU